AUGGCCCAGAGAGUUACCCUCCGAAAGCGUCAGCCCUACAACACCACCUCCAACAGGAGGAGGGUCGUCAAGACCCCCGGUGGCAAGCUCGUCGUCCACCACUUGAAGAAGAUUGCUUCUGCCCCCAAGUGUGGUGACUGUGGUUUCGCUCUCGCUGGUAUCCCCGUCCUCCGUCCCCGUCAAUACGCCACUCUCUCCAAGAGGCAGAAGACCGUCCAGAGGGCUUACGGCGGUUCCGUCUGUGCCACUUGUGUUAAGCAGCGAAUCACCCGAGCUUUCCUUAUCGAGGAGGCCACCAUCGUCAAGCGUAUGCUCAAGGACAAGGUCGCCGCCAGGAAGUAA